UGACAGGUGAAGAAUAUAAUCGCUUUUUCUUAUUUCAGGUUGGAGCCUAUGCAUGAUGUUUGGCGAAAGUAAGCCAUUUUAAAGAUAUUAGAAUCGUCUUUCAGUGACAGCAAAUAUAAAUACGUCAUUAAUAUGGCGCCAAAAUAGUUUAAAGUAUGAUCUUAUUUUGUUGUAAGGUUGCGCACCCGCCAGUGCAAUCGCAAAGAGAGAAGAACGCGAGCGGGCAAGGACGGAGCGAAUGAGCAGACUAUAUGUUUUUAGGUGGAACGUUGCCAAACGAGCCAGCUUGCUAUCUUUCAUGACUCAUUCUUUGAAAAUUAGGCAUAUUUUUUCUCUCUACUGGAUUUGAGGAAAACAUACUCCCAUGACAAAUCAGGACCUGGGGGAUACCACAUUGGAUUUGGACUAUUUUCGAAAUGCGACAUGGCUUUCAAAAUGAUAUUUGUUAGCUUACCUUGCUGUACCAUAGCUGGCGUACAGUAGAACCGACUUGCUGGAUGCGGCUAUCCUGCAAGCACGUUCGCUAGCUAGAGAAUUUGGAUUUAAGGAUGAUAUACUCCUAAAGUCAGCUAAAUGUAGCUAACUGCAUUUAGCUGAUACCUGCGAAUGUGGACAUCGCAGGUUUGUUGACUAUUAUGUUAUACUGUCGGAUUGACUAUCAUGGCGUAAAUUUGUCAAUUGGUACUUUUUAUUUUGACUCCUGGGAGAGCAUCUGACGUGCUGUCAACACCAUACAGCCUCGCAGGCAUAGUCCUGUCACCAACGUGAAUAGUCAGGGGGCUAACUAACUAGCUCGCUAGCUAGGGGUAAGUUGGCUACACUGAAAUUUGACCACCGUGAAAUUCACUGUCGCUAGCUACAUGUGGUUAGCUUCAAAUUGUAUCGUAAUUUCUCAUCAUCGCCCAUCGUCCAGAGUCGAGGACGUUUCGCAGCCCGACCCUGACUGCAAUCAAGAUAAAAAGAUGGAGAGGGAGACGAAGAGGAGAAAAUACUCCAGCAGUAGCAAUGACUCGGACACCACUGGCAGUCAAGUGACCUCCUGGUCCAAGUCCUCCAAGAACACAGGGACCAGCAGCACCUGGGUCAGACAGGCGCACAAUAAACCCUCUGAGGUGUUCCGGACGGACUUCAUCACAGCCAUGAAGCUGCCAGACUCGGCCCAGCUGGGCCCCGAUGACUUCUAUGUGCUGUCAGACCCCUGGAGACAGGAGUGGGAGAAGGGGGUCCAGGUCCCUGCCAGCGUAGACGCCAUCCCAGAACCUGUCGUCAGGAUGCUACCAGAGGUGGGGCGUAUCCCAUUCUACUGGCCAGGGCAGGGCCGGGGGUGUGAGCUGGGUCUGGGCCAGGGGGGCAUGAAGACCACCAAUGAGCCCCAUAGCCGCUAUGACCUGGAUGACAUAGACGUGUCCUGGCUGGAGCUGGUUAACCUGGAGUUCAGAGAACUGGCGCUGCCGGAGCUGGACGAGCUGACCAUGGAGCGUGUGCUGGUGGAGCUGGAGAGCCAGUGUGAGGAGAACAUGCAGCAGGCCAUCGAGACGGAGGAGGGCCUGGGCAUCGAGUACGACGAGGAUGUGGUGUGUGACGUGUGCCGGUCCCCAGAGGGAGAGGAUGGCAACGAGAUGGUCUUCUGUGACAAGUGCAACAUCUGCGUACAUCAGGCGUGUUAUGGGAUCCUGAAGGUCCCACAGGGGAGCUGGCUGUGCCGAACCUGUGCCCUAGGGGUGCAACCCAAAUGCCUGCUGUGCCCCAAGAGAGGCGGAGCCCUGAAGCCCACCCGCAGUGGAACCAAGUGGGUCCAUGUCAGCUGUGCCUUAUGGAUCCCUGAGGUGAGUAUAGGCUGUCCAGAGAAGAUGGAGCCCAUUACUAAAGUGUCCCACAUUCCCGCCAGCCGCUGGGCCCUGUCCUGCAGCCUGUGUCGAGAACACACGGGCACCUGCAUACAGUGCUCCAUGCCCUCCUGUAUUGUGGCCUUCCAUGUGACCUGCUCGUUUGACCACGGCCUGGAGAUGCGUACCAUCCUGGCUGAGAACGACGAGGUGCGCUUCAAAUCAUACUGCCUGGAGCACAGCAGCACUACCGGCAACAGUAACCACGCUGCCGCUGUCGCCGGCAACAGUAACCACACCAACACCAUGACUGGUAACAGUAACCACACCAACACCAUGACUGGUAACAGUAACCACACCAACGGCACCCACUGCGCUGGUGCCAGCAGUAAAACGGACUGGGCCGGACACGGCAACGAGCACAGAGCCAACGCCGGGCCGGAACACCACCAAGCGGCCAGCGAGCUGCCACCUGUGGAGCGUCCAGACCGGGACCAGAUGGAGAGAGAGAAGGCCAGCCAGCGCAAACAGAAACUACAGGAGCUGGAGGACGGGUUCUACCGCCUGGUGGACCCCAAAGACGUGGCGGAGAGCCUGGGCCUGCCGGACGCCCACGUGGACUUCCUGUACCAGUUCUGGAAGCUGAGGAGGAAGUCCAACUUCAACCGUCCGCUGGUGACGCUGAAAAGAGACGAGGUAGAUAACCUGGCUCAGCAGGAGCAGGACGUGCUGUACCGACGCCUCAAACUGUUCACACACCUACGCCAAGACCUAGAGAGGGUGAGGAACCUGUGCUACAUGGUGACGCGGCGGGAGAAGAUGAAGACUUCUCUGUGUGACCUCCAGGAGAAGAUCUUCCACCUGCAGAUCCAGCUGCUGGAGGAGGACCUAGCUGGAGAGAAAACCAUGAAGGGGCAGAAGGGAAAGCAGAACGGGGUGAAGGAGAGGGGGAAGGAGCGGCGGAAAAGCAGUCCAGAGAAGAAGAAUGAGAGGUGGAAGUGUGAGAAUGGAUCCCUCCUGAAACAACUAGGUUUCUCCAAGACCUUCCCUCUGGACAACUCCCUGUUUGACAGCUGGCUGGCCCAGUCGGUGCAGAUCACAGCUGAUGACAUGCUGAGCAAGUGGGCCCUGGAAGCCGGGCAGCACCGUGACAAGACGGCCAACCUGCUGUCUGACCAGCUGCUGCAGGGAGAGGAGAACCUGCUCAGCCUUAUGAUGGACCACUCCAUGAAGUCCACCUGGAAGACCCCUCAGCUGGGCCGCAAGACCCGGGGCAAGCCCCGGACCCGGGGCCAUCACUCCACCACCAACACCGCCGCAGCAACAACCGACACCCCCCCUGCUGCUGCAGCCUCUACAGCCAAGGGGGCUCUACUGGCAGAGGAGAGGCCAGGCCAUGGGGCUCGUAGAGGGGAAAGGUCCCGGGGCACCAAGGCCCUCCACCACCGCCACCCCCAGACCAGGAGCACUGAGGCCCCUCUGGACCCGCCACCGCAGCCGCCCACCUCCAAAAUGGACUCCUGUCACAUCUCGGAGGAGCGUGGCCCCUGGGACAGCCUCACGGGUACUGGGGUAACGUCCUCCCCCCUGGCCUCCUGUUUCCCUCCAUGCAGUAGUCCUGGGACAGUGCCUGAGUGGGGGUCAGGGGGGGGUCCCAUUCCCCGCACGGCCUUGCGCCUCCGCUUGCACCGGCAGGGCAAGUCCCGGGGUAAGGGUGGGGCAUUGCAGGAAGCUGUGGAGCGCCCCCUGGAAAGGGAGAGAGAGAGGGACCCCCACCCCGUCUCCCACCCAGUGAAGGAGACAUCAUCAUCGCUGCUGGACCCCGAAACAGACUGCUACUUCUCUGACGCCGAGCAGAGCGACUCAGACACACACUCCAGCGCCCGCAAGCUUCGUCUGGCUCAGUUGCAUUCUGGGAGCGAGGACCUGCUGAGGAGGAGCGUGCUGGCUUUGUAGAAAAAACUGAGACGAGCGCACACAUACACACACCAUCGACCAGAACACACACUGUUUUCUCAGACUGACUGGAGCUCCAUCCCAGCUCCCUCUGCCACGGCUUCUGUCUGUGCUCUUUAUAUUAAAAUUGUAGUUAUUUUCUUUCUAGAUCGAUUUAAUGAACAAAAUCUCAGUACAUCACUAGUCAUGAAUCAGUUUAUCUGCUCUGUUCUGGGGAUUUGAAUGUAGCUGCUACAUAGUUAAACAAUGAGGCCCUAGAUGUUUGUAGUUAAAGUAACUGUAUGAUGAUGUAAGAAGAGAAAGUGGAUUUGGACUACGUUACGUUUAGGUUUUAGUUGGUUUAGAUGUAUAACACGGUGGUAAACCAUGUCAUCAAUCCUUUCUAGCAACGUGGGGUCAGUGGUAACUAACCACAAAUGUUGGGGUGAAUACUUUGUGGACAUUAUAAGCUAGUUCAGGUGAAUCACUUAUUUUCAAAAGACCUAAGAUGGAUCCCAUGAUGCAAUCCCUGGGAUAUGAUGUUUAAAAAGCCUUUCAGUUCAGAAUCAGACCCAGAACAGGUCUAAUGGGCUAACCCAUCAGUCUGAGAAAUAUACAGAAAAUAUCACAAAAAUAUUAGCCUUUAAAAGCACAAAUAGCUAACAGGAACUGUAAUGCAAACAUUGUGCAUAAACACACACACACAUAUACACCACACACAUUACACAAACACACACACGAUUACAUUCUCAAAGCUACUCCCUCUGCAUUCAGCCGUUGUUGUAACAUACUGUUUGAGAAUUACGUCAGCUCUUCACUGACUCUGCCUCCUCUUCCGUUUGAAUCAUUGGAGAAACAAUAUUUAACAAAUUGUGUGCCUUCUGUUGCUCCCCCAAAAUGAGUUUAUCAAUCACUUCUAUAAUCUGAUUUGUUACAAUCAAAAAAGGGAAACCUGUUGUAUUGGUAAUCAAGCGUACCGAAACAGAUGACCUUAAUUGUAGUGCCUAAAAAAGGAUGUAUAUACAGCUUUUGCCAUGAAUCAACCCAAAGGCACGCAAAACCACACAGAUACACAGUUCUACCAUAUUUGUGCAAAUUGCUGCCCCAACAAAGCAACUUCUGGAGUCGUUGUUGCUCCCGUCAGACGAGUGGUAUAAUCAGCUACAGUACAGACUCCUGGAUUCUGACUUCUUUUUUUAGUUCUUUGUAAAUUUGUUUUAACUCUUGUUUUUUCGUCUCAGAGAGUUGUAUUUUAUACUUAAAGUGGUCCACAGUAUUUUCUCAGGGUUUAAAAAAUCGAAGAAGACAUAUAAGGGUUGAAAAUGUAUUGAAAUCAAAGUUAAACCGUAAAUAUAUUAUACUAUAAAAAGGCUAUUUUAUACAUAUAAGUAUGUAUAGAAAAAGUUCCUUUGGCAAAGCUUCACUGUUUGAACUGACUACUACUGUACUGAGAGCUUUUCUCCUGUCUCAAUCGGUACACUACUACUGCUACUUCUACUACCCAACUGGCUGUCUCCUGAGUUGAUGAUGCCAAAGAACAGUGUAAAACAAACUGGGCAGCAUGCACUCACUCGGGCAGCGUCCUAAACAACACCCUAUUCCCUAGAUAGUGCACAUGGUGCCGGUUGGGACACAGCCUCACUCUCCAGUGUCACCAUGGGAUCCGCUGAAGGACAUGAAUACGGAAAUCUACCUGAUGCCAGCAGCGCUGUUCUAGUCGAUUCAAUUGGGAGUUCUGCAUUGCUCAGGCCUGCUCUGGCCUGGUGUGGCUCGGCUUUAACACCCACCACCACUAUUCCACCUUGGACCCUCCCAUUCCCUGCUCCCUUAAGGCUGUUACUUACUGGCCCUCUGUGCCACUGACCUACUCUGGACGGAGUGUCGCAGUUCCCCCCUGCCCCCUACCUGGGAAGAGUUGAAUGCCGCUGAACCGUGUGUGUGUGUGUGUGUGUGUGUGUGUGUGUGUGUGUGUGUGUGUGUGUGUGUGUGUGUGUGUGUGUGUGUGUGUGUGUGUGUGUGUGUGUGUGUGUGUGUGUGUGUGUGUGUGUGUGUGUGUGUGUGUGUGUGUGUGGCUGAUGGUUCAGAGCCCACUGACACCCCCAGUGCUGUUAUCACAGAUUUGGAAUGUAGAAGAUGACUAGAUUUUUGUGUUUUUGUCCGGUCCCCAAAUGGGACCCAUAUUCAGGAUGAAACCCCCUAAAACAGUGUAUUGGUCAGGUGGCUCUGUCUGUCUGUCUGUCUGCAGACAGUCCGGUUACUUCCUUUGGCCACUUCAUUUCCAUCCACCGUAACCCUUGGAGACAGACCAGUAUAACCAUAGAAAUAGAAUGAGUAGCACAUUCUAUUCAUUCUUACUCUAUGAUUGCAAUGUACACAAUAACAACAACCAUGCUUAUUGUUGUCUGCAGAUAGGUCGUCUGGGUGGAUGAAUAGGGUUAGCGCUGUAGUAGCCCCAACGAAUCCACCCAAACACCUAGUCGUUUACGUGUUGCUAAGACGAUGAAAUGUAAACUUGGUUUCAAUAUUCAAUGUAUACACCAAUUUAGACUAGACAGUGUUUUAGACGGAGCCCUUCAUGUACGGCCCCUAACGUAGUAGAAAACAGGUUGUUAUUAUUGGAGUGGGGCAUCUACGCCCUCUUCCUCCGCUUCCUCUCAGAAACAGUAGGCUCUCAUUUUAGUGAGGUGGUGAAGUCUUUUAGUCCAGCAGGCAGCAGGUGACUGCACUUUUCAUACAGAUUAUAGAUGGAUGGAGGGAUAGAUGGUAUUAUAUCCUCGAUGGACAGUAAUAUCCGACAGAGUACCUAUGGAUUACUAUUAUCCUCCUCAAGCAGGGUUUCUUUGCCCCAUUCCUGAGCACCCACAGGGUUGCGUGUUUUGUUCCAGCCCACACUAACCCACCUGAUACCGAUCAUCAAAUUGAUGAUCAGUUGAAUUUAGGAUGUGUUAGUGCUGAGCUGGAACAAAACAUACAUUCGGACAGUUGGUCCCCUGAUAGGGUUGAGAAAGGAUGCUUUGGUGUAGCUGUGGAUGAAUGUCCUAGUGCUGUCUCCGUACCACCUAGGAACUGCUGCUGCUGCUGUUGUUGUUGUUGUCGUUUGUAGCGUGAAACGGCCAUCAGCACACUAACAGAACACAACGAUGACGUCAUUGAUGAGAAGGAUCUCCUCUUCUGUGUUAGUUGCUUCCUCCCAUAGGGAACUGGUUCAAGGCUGUAGUAGUUCGACUGCCGUUUACCUAUCUGGUUUUUGUAUGCACCAACAAUAGUAUAUGAUACUGCACUAGAGACCGUUUUGUUUCCUUGUUAAAAGCCUUCGCAAGCUGUUUUUGUAACGCUUCUGCCGCGGCUCAUAUAACUAGAAUGCUGACUCAUAAUCAGACCAACUGCUUCCUUAUUGGCGCUUUAGCUCUCUGACAGUUGACGGACUGCUUCCACACAGUGAAGUAUGGUUCCAAUCCAACACCCACCCCACAGACUAGGGUUCUGUCUCACUCCCCUCCCUGCUUCAGUGUUCCGCCAGCCCGCCUUGACUUCUUCAUUGUUUAGAGCACAGCAGGAUCAAAGGAACAAACUUUAAGGUCAAAUAAUGACAUGCGUGUGUAGUGGAGAGAGCGUUUGUCACUCUGCUGCUUAGAGAGAGAAUGUUUGCGCCCUGUCCACACAGUGUACUUAAACAGGCAGGGAAUCUGAACAAUACCCGUCUCUCCCUUUUUCUGUGUGUCACACAAACUCAGUGCAAACACUUCGUUUUUACUGGAGCUCAUUUUAUUUGCUUUCUUUGCUUUUGUUUUAUACAACCAGAGAGAAAAUUAUUUGAUAAAACAAAAGGGGGAAUUUCUAAUUGCAGUUCAGUUGGCCAGGCCGGCUCUCUUGUGGGCUGAUAGUUCAGUUGGCCAGGCCGGGUCCCCUGUGGGCUGAUAGUUCAGUUGGCCAGGCCGGCUCUCCAGUGGGCUGAUAGUUCAGUUGGCCAGGCCGGGUCCCCUGUGGGCUGAUAGUUCAGUUGGCCAGGCCGACUCUCCAGUGGGCUGAUAGUUCAAUUGGCCAGGCCGGCUCUCCAGUGGGCUGAUAGUUCAGUUGGCCAGGCCGGCUCUCCAGUGGGCUGAUAGUUCAGUUGGCCAGGCCGGCUCUCCAGUGGGCUGAUAGUUCAGUUGGCCAGGCCGGCUCUCCAGUGGGCUGAUAGUUCAAUUGGCCAGGCCGGGUCCCCUGUGGGCUGAUAGUUCAGUUGGCCAGGCCGGCUCUCCAGUGGGCUGAUAGUUCAGUUGGCCAGGCCGGCUCUCCAGUGGGCUGAUAGUUCAGUUGGCCAGGCCGGGUCCCCUGUGGGCUGAUAGUUCAGUUGGCCAGGCCGGCUCCCCAGUGGGCUGAUAGUUCAGUUGGCCAGGCCGGCUCUCCAGUGGGCUGAUAGUUCAAUUGGCCAGGCCGGCUCUCCAGUGGGCUGAUAGUUCAGUUGGCCAGGCCGGCUCCCCAGUGGGCUGAUAGUUCAGUUGGCCAGGCCGGCUCUCCAGUGGGCUGAUAGUUCAGUUGGCCAAGCCGGCUCUCCAGUGGGCUGAUAGUUCAGUUGGCCAGGCCGGGUCCCCUGUGGGCUGAUAGUUCAGUUGGCCAGGCCGGCUCUCCGGUGGGCUGAUAGUUCAAUUGGCCAGGCCGGCUCUCCAGUGGGCUGAUAGUUCAGUUGGCCAGGCCGGGUCCCCUGUGGGCUGAUAGUUCAGUUGGCCAGGCCGGGUCCCCAGUGGCUGAUAGUUCAAUUGGCCAGGCCGGCUCUCCAGUGGGCUGAUGGUUCAAUUGGCCAGGCCGGCUCUCCAGUGGGCCGAUAGUUCAGUUGGCCAGGCUGGCUCUCCAGUGGGCUGAUAGUUCAGUUGGCAAGGCUGGCUCUCCAGUGGGCUGAUAGUUCAGUUGGCCAGGCCGGCUCUCCAGUGGGCUGAUAGUUCAGUUGGCCAGGCCGGCUCUCCAGUGGGCUGAUAGUUCAGUUGGCCAGGCCGGCUCUCCAGUGGGCUGAUAGUUCAGUUGGCCAGGCCGGCUCUCCAGUGGGCUGAUAGUUCAGUUGGCCAGGCCGGCUCCCCAGUGGGCUAAUAGUUCAGUUGGCCAGGCCGGCUCUCCAGUGGACUGAACAGCGUGCAGCUGAAGCCUGGAAGAGACCUUUUGUUCUCUCACUUCCUCCAUGGAGAACGCUCACAGGAAACUAACCCCUGUUCUCUGGCAGCACAGUGGCCGGGUCUCAAAUGGUACAAUAUUCCUUUUAUAGUGUACUACAGGCCCUGGUCAAAAGUAGUGCACUAUCAAGAAAAUAGGAUGCCAUUUGGGAUGCACACAAACUAUUUCUGACCAGCAGGGUCACAGAAUGUGUUGCUCUCAUUAAAACCAAUAGUUCCCCUCCAGAAGUUAGAGGCUCAGACUUGAAAAUAAAAUAAAAAUGUAAUCCAAUGACAUUUCAAAUGUUUUUUUGCGAUGUUAGUUUCCUGACCUGUAUGCACUUAUGAGUCCAUUUCCAGGAGAUAAGGUUUAAUAUCCAGAACCACAGCUGCUCCUCCUAAGGUUGGGCCAAUUUACCAUUAGUGUCUCUGCAAGUGAGCCAAGCUCAGAUUUUUUGCAAUUUUUGUAACUGAUCUGGCAUCACUUUUCUGCCUCCAAAUUCAGGCUACAUCCCAAAUGGCACUGUAUUCCCUAUGAAGUGCACUACUUUUGACCAGGGCCCUUAGGGCUCUGGUCAAAAGUAUUGCACUAGGGAACAGGGUGACAUUUGGGAUGUUAAGUCUCUAAAUACGUGUCCUGUAUCUCCUACUGGUCACAUCCAUCAUUUUGAUAGGAAUCAGUGAUCUCUCUUAUCAAAGCAGACACUGACAUGGUUUCCUCCUCCCUCCUCCACCUGCCUGUGUUAUUUGUCCUUAAAAGGCGCUGAAAUCUACUGCUGCCGUGUACAAUUCAAUUCCUCACCCAUUUUGGCUCUAUCUGCAUCAGUUAUACAAUACGAUAAUAUGAAUGUUGCAGGAGUUUAUCCUGCUGUAUUUUUUGUUUCAAAGAAUAUUGUGCCAUUUGUUAAUAGCAAAGAUAAAUAUUGAACAUAUAUUAAAAAGAAAAGCUAUUUUAAAUUAUUUUGGGGCUUUUUUUUGCAAUAUUUAUUUUCUUGUAUUAGAAUCUUCUUUGUAGGAGGAAAAAUUAAACAUGUAUUUUUCAUUAGUGCAAAAACCUAUUUUUCCUUUUUGUACAAUUUCAAUGUUAAGCAAAACAUUAAAAAGCAAUAUGAUGUUCCAUGUGACUGUAUCUGCAUGCUGUUUGUGUUGCCUUGACGACGGCUGCGUCCACUAUGACCCUGUUCCCCCCUCCUCCCCCGGCACUCUAGAGUGGUUGACCAGUGUAGUCAAUAAAGCAGUGCUUUCUGUGUACACAUGCUCUCGCCUCUCUCCUCUCGUCUCCCUGUUCAGGUCACCAUCCCAACAGCUCUUCCUUUUAAAGGGCAAUCUACGAUUGAAAUAACAACAAAGCAGACACCCCAACACUUUUUGGUAAACAGUUGAGGGAUGGGGUACGAUAGUUGAACUAAGCUCAUGAGGCAUUUAUAAGUUAUAUGCUUCAAGAAUCAAUGGCUCGAUAUCAUUCAUUUAGAAGUCCAAAAAAUGGAUGUAUCAUUGCCAGAAUUCCCCUUUAAAGAGCAUUCCAGGUUGAUUGAUUCAACACAGUGCGACUCUGAAUCUAUCUGGGCCACAACAUGGACUCGGCGGUAACUAGACUAGAUACAACCUGGAUUGUUGUCAGAGACUGUUUCUAUCACUUGUAUUUAACAUGUAGGUUGUGAGAUCGAUUGCCCCAUAACAUACUAAACAUCCCAAGUUGUAGGCCUAGUGAAUGUUGACAUCAUAACUGCAUGUGUAAGAAUAGCAUAAGGUGAUGAUACAUUGUUGGUAUUAAUACAUUUACAAUAGAAUCCUCAUACAGCUAGUUACUUUCAGUGCUUGAUGGCACAUUCUGUAGCUAACUAUACCAUGCCCCUAUAUCAACAGUUGACGUUUCCAAAUUAGCAUCCAAACCAAAACAUACCAUUAAUUGAAGAAUCGAUGAAGCAAGAUCAUCUUUAUAACAAAAUGUUCAUGGACUUCUGCCAUGUUCAUACAACACCACCAGGACAUCCAGCAUGCAGAGUAACUUUGGGUUGAAACAUAACACCAUGGAUACAUCCUAAAUGGCACCAUAUUCCCGUUAUAGUGUACUACUUUUUACCAGAUCCCUUUGGGCCUGUGCACUAAAUUAGGGAAUAUGAUGCCAUUUGCGAUGAACCCAAAGGCUAGUUUGAAUAAAUCAUUCUUACAUUAUCUGGAAUCGCCUGUUCCCAUCCAUAAAGGCUAAAUGUUAAGAGCGUGUCUGUCUGUAUGCUCUGCUAUGAAUUAGAGUAUCCCGCUGCUCUUAAAGAAACAGGCGUUGACUUUGUGGAGUGCUUGUUUAAAGUAUCCUACACACCAAGCUGCUGGAAAUGAAAGCUAGUUUGUUAUUGUUGCUCUUGACCUGGGUCCAGGCAGGGCACUUUGCUGUAAGUGACGUUUGACUUCCCAUACUACCCCUAGUAAAUACUCAGCAUGGCUGCCUCUAGCCUGCAUGUGGGAAACUAGUGUGAGUAGAGCAGCUGCUGCUUUUUAAGGAAGGUUUUACUUGCAAUGACUGAUAUGUGGUUGUCGUAGC